AUGUGUCCCUCCCAUCCAAUUGAGCCCAGCGCCGUCAGCGAGUCCAAGUACAUCAACUUUCCAUCUUUGCCAACAGAUGCAAAGCACCCGGAUGGAUCCCCCGCACUCAAUCGCCAUUCCCACACUAUAACCAAGGGCCAUGACUUCCCCGGCGCACGAGCUAUGCUCUACGCCGCCGGUGUCCCCGACAAGGAAGCAAUGGCUAAGAGCCCACAUGUUGGUGUUGCUUCAGUGUGGUGGGAAGGAAACCCCUGCAACAUGCACCUGAUGGAUUUGGCCAAGACUGUCAAGAAAUCGGUCACAGAAUUGGGCAUGCUGGGAUGGCAAUACAACACCAUCGGUGUCUCGGAUGCGAUCACCAUGGGCAGUGAGGGCAUGCGAUUCUCCCUCCAGACCCGCGAGGUCAUCGCCGAUAGUAUCGAGACAGUCACCUGUGCGCAAUACCAUGAUGCCUGUAUUGCAAUCCCCGGUUGCGACAAGAACAUGCCCGGUGUGGUCAUGGGUAUGGCUCGUCACAACCGCCCAUCAAUCAUGAUCUAUGGUGGUACUAUUGGAAUUGGAUACUCGGAUCACCUGCGCAAGCCUAUCAAUGUCUCAACAUGCUUUGAGGCCGCAGGUGCUUACGCCUACGGUACUCUGCGCCAGCCCGAUGAUGGCGGCGACACGAGCAAGACCCAAGACGAGAUCAUGGAUGACCUAGAGAAGCAUGCUUGCCCCGGCGCUGGCGCUUGCGGUGGUAUGUUCACGGCUAAUACCAUGGCCACGGCCAUUGAAUCAAUGGGACUGUCACUGCCCGGUUCGUCAUCCACACCGGCUGAGUCGCCGUCCAAGAUGCGUGAGUGUGUUCGUGCCGCGGACGCCAUUAAGGUCUGCUUGGAGAAGAACAUCAAGCCACGGGAUCUUUUGACCAAACGAUCCUUCGAGAACGCCCUCGUCAUGACCAUGGCGCUGGGCGGUAGCACCAACGGUGUUCUUCAUUUCCUGGCCAUGGCCAGGACAGCUGAUGUUGACUUGACCCUGGAUGAUAUCCAACGAGUUAGCAACAAAAUCCCCUUCAUUGCCAACCUGUCGCCCAGUGGAAAGUAUUACAUGGCGGAUCUGUACGAGAUUGGAGGUAUCCCGUCUGUCCAGAAGCUGCUGAUCGCGGCUGGUCUGCUUGACGGCGAUAUCCCUACUGUGACAGGUAAGACGCUGGCCGAGAACGUGGCCUCGUUCCCCUCCCUGCCGGAAGGCCAGGAUCUGAUCCGGCCCCUGAGCAACCCAAUCAAGUCCAGCGGCCAUUUGCAGAUCUUACGCGGCAACCUGGCACCUGGCGGAGCCGUCGCCAAGAUCACCGGCAAGGAAGGACUGCGCUUCAGCGGCAAAGCUCGCGUCUUCGAUAAGGAGCGCCAGCUCAAUGAUGCGCUAAACGAGGGCCGUAUCCCUCGCGGCGAAAACCUUGUUAUCAUCGUGCGCUACGAGGGACCCAAGGGUGGACCGGGUAUGCCGGAACAACUGAAGGCCAGUGCCGCCCUGAUGGGAGCCAAGCUGACGAACGUGGCAUUGAUCACCGACGGCCGGUACUCCGGCGCCAGUCACGGUUUCAUUGUUGGCCACAUUGUGCCGGAAGCCGCGGUCGGUGGUCCCAUUGCCCUUGUUCGUGACGAUGACAUCAUCACCAUCGAUGCCGAGACGAAUAGUCUAUCGAUGGAUGUCUCCGAUGAAGAGCUCGCGGAGAGACGUCGCCAAUGGACUCCUCCUUCACCGCAAAUCACCCGUGGUGUGCUGGCCAAGUACGCCCGAUUGGUUAGUGAUGCGUCUCAGGGAGCUAUGACUGAUCUGUUUUGA